AUGUGCGGCAUAUUCUGCUCGAUCAGUAGAAGACGAUCUAUACAGCCAUCGGACGCUGUGAGGCAGCAUCUGCGGUCGCGUGGGCCAGACGCGUCAAAUCAAAUUUGCAUCACGACCGAGAAGUCUACCCAACAAUGCCGCCUCGUGCUUCACUCGACCGUGUUGUCGUUGCGCGGCCAUAGCACGACUGAGCAGCCAUUUCGGACGUCUCAUUCAGACUCCAUCCUCUGCUGGAACGGCGAAGCAUGGACCAUUUCCGGGAAGCGUCCGGCUGGCAACGACACCUCUGCCAUGUACGACUUGCUGUGCUCGGCAACGUCUGCAACGACCGACGCUGCCCACCAAGCACGAGCUGUGUCGAAAGCACUCUCGGCUGUGGCAGGUCCAUACGCUUUUGCCUUCUACGCCGACUCAUCCUCAAGGCUUUUCUUUGCCCGUGACUUGCUUGGUCGCCGAUCUCUGCUUCGCAAAGUCACGUCGAGUGGCGAUGUCCUGCUCAGCAGCAUUGCAGACGGGAGUGCGGAUGCAUCAUGGACUGAAGUCGAGGCAGAUGGGAUCUACUGUAUUGACCUUGAGCAUGACCUAGGGCGAUUACCACAGUCAAUUUCUAAGAUCGAUCGCUUUUCCUCACCUGUACACGCCUUGGAAGAGUAUCUAUACAAGUCCCUUUCCUUUCGAGUCACGGAUAUUCCAGAACCCCCGCAACGUUCUCGAGAUCUGUUCGGUCUUGCAAGGGCGAAACUUGGUGUGCUCUUCUCUGGCGGCCUGGACUGCACGACUUUGGCACGGAUGUGUCACGAUCUUCUGGAUGUGACAGAGCCUAUAGAUCUCCUCAAUAUUGCGUUCGAGAACCCGAGAGUGCAUAAGGCCGCUGGAGAAGGGGCGUUCGAACUCUGCCCAGACCGUAUCACUGGGCGUUCGUCUUAUGCUGAACUUUGCGAAGUCUGCCCCGAUCGCGAGUGGCGCUUUGUGUGCGUCAACGUGCCAUACCGGGAAUUCUCUCAGCAUCGUCAACAGAUAAUUGCUCUGAUGCACCCGCACAACACAGAAAUGGAUCUCAGCAUAGCAUCGGCACUGUACUUUGCAGCGCGCGGCGAGGGAAUGGUGGCAUCUCAGAGUAUUGCGCAAGACUGUGCAUACACAACAUCAGCACGAGUCCUUCUGUCUGGCCUUGGCGCUGAUGAGCUGUUCGCUGGCUACACUCGACAUGCGACCGCUUUCAACAGGAAUGGAUACGAGGGUCUGCUGGACGAGCUGGACCUAGACGUAGCACGACUUGGGAAGCGUAACUUGGGCCGAGACGAUCGAGUGAUCAGUCACUGGGGAAGAGAGGCCAGGUUUCCAUUCCUGGAUGAGCACUUAGUGCAGUGGGCCUUGGCCAUACCAGUGACGGACAAAUGUGACUUUGUGCAUCAGGAUCCGAUAAACGAGCAAGACGAUGUAUCAACGAUAGAGCCAGGCAAAAAGAUUCUCAGGUGCUUGGCGUGGAAGCUUGGCAUGAAAGCCGUAGCCCGAGAGAAGAAGCGAGCGAUCCAAUUUGGGGCGCGCACGGCGAAGAUGGAGACUGGAGGAACGAAAGGAACAACGUUGCUAUCGCUGUAG